CCAAGUGGCUGCAACUCAGUUUGCUGCAGAGCCGCCCCCUCCCGGCGGGAGCGCUGACGUCACGGAAAAGCCCCGUCGCGGGGCGGCCGGGCGCGCUAUAAACGGCUGCCGGCCGCGGUGGCUUCAGGAGGCGGCAGCGCCAGCGGAUACCACACGGCCUUGGGCUGCCGAGCCGGCAUCGCAGGCAGAAAUCAGGCACUGCAGCAGGCAGCAGGCUUUGUGCGGACCGACGGCGGACGCCCACCCAGCGCCGGGUGCAGCCAAGACCCCACAAUGACUCUGAAUAAUGUCACCAUGCGCCAGGGCACUGUGGGCAUGCAGCCACAGCAGCGCUGGAGCAUCCCUGCUGAUGGCAGGCAUCUGAUGGUCCAGAAGGAUCCCCACCCUUGCAAUCUCCACAAUUGCCACUCUACCACUCAUGAAGACCACUGCCGACAGAGCUGGUCCUCUGACUCCACAGACUCCGUCAUCUCCUCUGAGUCAGGAAACACCUACUACCGAGUGGUGCUUAUAGGGGAGCAAGGGGUGGGCAAGUCCACCUUGGCCAACAUCUUUGCAGGUGUACAUGACAGCAUGGACAGCGACUGUGAGGUCCUGGGAGAAGAUACAUAUGAGCGCACCCUGUUCGUUGAUGGAGAGAGUGCAACCAUUAUCCUCCUGGACAUGUGGGAAAAUAAGGGGGAGAAUGAAUGGCUUCAGGACCACUGCAUGCAGGUUGGGGAUGCCUACCUCAUCGUCUACUCUAUCACAGACCGAGCAAGCUUUGAGAAGGCAUCUGAGCUAAGGAUCCAGCUCCGCAGGGCCCGGCAGACAGAAGACAUUCCUAUAAUUUUGGUUGGCAACAAAAGUGACUUAGUGCGGUGCCGAGAAGUGUCUGUGUCAGAAGGGAGAGCUUGCGCCGUGGUGUUUGACUGCAAAUUCAUUGAGACUUCUGCGGCCGUGCAGCACAACGUGAAGGAACUAUUUGAAGGCAUCGUGCGGCAGGUCCGUCUGCGCCGAGACAGCAAGGAGAAGAAUGAGAGGAGGCUGGCCUACCAGAAGAGGCGGGAGAGCAUCCCCAGGAAAGCCCGGCGCUUCUGGGGCAAGAUUGUGGCCAAAAACAACAAGAACAUGGCCUUCAAACUCAAGUCAAAAUCCUGCCACGACCUCUCUGUGCUCUAGGCAGCCAGUGUCACCCAGAUGUCUCCCUGAUGGACAUCGUUGAAGGCCUUUGGGACCAGUGAUCUAUAUUAGAUUGAAUACAUAAGCAUUGUGAGCAACGGCUUCCCCAUUGCAGAUGGGAACCAACAGGUUAGCCUCCUGGGCAACCAAAUGCACAGACAAGGAAAGAUCUUUGUCCAGAGUCAGUAUUUAUUCAUAGGAAUAGCUUGACCUGCUACAUGGAUGCCUGCGACUCAUUUAAGGGCAUGUUUGGGGUUCACAUGAGUUUUUUCCUUCUUCUUUGGGCAGCAGAAUAUUGAAGCUUAUGAAGAAUACCUAGAACAGGAGUGUCUCACCUUUGAGGUUUUGCCCAGUUUUGUUCUAUGUGGAUUUGACGCCCAUGAGUCUUAAAGCAAUCUAGGGAAAUGGUGGGAGUUUAUCAGAAGGAGGAGGGCUUUCUGCAUGCCUCACUCCCUGGAAUGACAGAUGUAGGACUGGCCCAUCACAGUCCUGACACUUACUGCUCCAUCCAACUGUGAAGGGAAGUGUUGGCAUUUGCUGGAAACUAAGGCUUACUAACAGAUUUUGUUUAAAGACCACAGAGAUUUGUAGACUUAGGAGGUGAUAUAUGUAGCACUUAUAGGUUCAAAAAAUUGUUUACUUAGGUCUUACAAGUGUUUAUUUUGAGGAAACUAUUUUUGUCAAAUUCUACUUAGUUAAAUCUUUUUUUAUGUUUUGUUGUUUUUGAAAUCAUGAAGCUAUCAUAAAAAAUUUUUUUAAAAAAUCUCAACUAUUGGUAACCUGGAGUGCAAAAUGAUUGCACUUUAAUUAUAAUCCAAGAUUUUUUUCCCUAAAAGCAUAAAAAGGCCUCAUCCUUUGGGUUGAUCCUUGUAUGCCACAGCUGUGUUCUAUUUAUUAUUAUUUUGCAAAUAGCCAUUUAAACAUUUGGUAAAGCAUAUUUAUGAACAUAUUUCUUACUGAGAAAAAUGUCUGUUUUAUUACCUUUUUUAUCUUUUUCAAAAUAUGCAAGUUUUUACCUAUAUGUCUUAUAAUAAAAUAAAUAAAAUCUAUGAAAA